AUGUACAGCGGAAGUAGAAAACACCAGCACGAGCACAAGCAACGAACGGAGGAGGAUGAGGAGGAGGAGGAGGAGGAGGAGGAGGAGGAGGAGGAGGAGGAGGAGGAGGAGGAGGAGGAGGAGGAGGAGGAGGAGGAGGAGGAGGUGGUGGAGAAGGAGGAGGAGGAGGAGGAGGAGGAGGAGGAGCAGGAGGAGCAAGAGGAGGAGGAGGAGGAGGAGGAGGAGGAGGAGGAGGAGGAGGAGGAGGAGGAGGAGGAGGAGGAGGAGGAGGAGGAGGAGGAGAACGAGGAGGAGAAUUUCAAGGAGGAGCAGGACGAGGAGGAGAAGGAAGGGGACAAGGAGGAGCAAGACGAGGAGGAAGAGGACGAGGAGAACGAUGAGGAACCCAUAUACCUCGCUCAUUGCACCAAGUCCCUCAUUCCAACAGGUUCAUCCUGCCUCUCCUACCUUUCCUUCCUCUCAAUCUCUCCUUCCCUUCUGUCCCGUUCUUCCUCUUCCCACCCCUCUUUCUUCCCCUCAACAAAUGACGAUGAGGAGGACGAGUUCCCGUUCGUCCCCACCCUCAAUCAUAGCUUCGUUCUCCUUGGCACUCCUUGCCUUGUUCCCACCUCUCCUCCACAACCCUCUUCCUCCCAUCACUUCCUCUCUUCUCCGAAUCCCUUCUCUUCCUCCCCUCCAGGUGACGAGGAGAACGAGUUUGGGCUCAACCAGAGGGCGGGCGCUGCUGAUGUGGCGCUGGCAAUCAUUGCGCAGGCGCAUGCUUCCUGGCAGCUUCUCACCGAGGACAGCCCGCCGUGUCUCUCCCCCUGGAGCCCCAUCAACCUCGUGCUCUCCGCGCCCAAGUCCCCCCUCUCUCCCCUUCCCCCAACCAGCACCGUCCCCCGGUUUUCCGGGACUCUGGAUAUUGACGACGCCGCUGACGUGGAUCUGCGCAGCAGCAGCGGCGGGGAAGGGCGGGGAGGGGGAAGCGCUGGAGACACGUUAAGCUGGCUGGUGCCAGCAUUCCUCGCCGCAUCGCUGCUCACUGCCUUCCUCCUGCUGCUGCUCAUCGUUAGCCUCUCUGCCUCCGCCAAGGCAAAUCUGCAGGCCAACAGCGUCAACAGCGUCUUCUUCUGUGCCUUCCAUGUCAGUCAGCUGCCCUUCUUGCCAGUCAGCUGCCCUUCUUGCCAGUCAGCUGCCCUUCUUGCCAGUCAGCUGCCCUUCUUGCCAGUCAGCUGCCCUUCUUGCCAGUCAGCUGCCCUUCUUGCCAGUCAGCUGCCCUUCUUGCCAGCUAUGUCGACGUUUUCCAACACAGGGGCGGCACUGCUGAACGAUAACCUAAUGGGGUUCGUGAGGGCGCCAGCUCUGGUCAUCGUCACGUCGGUCUUCAUUCUCAUUGGCAAUACCAUCAUGUACCCGCCCACGCUGCGAGCCCUCCUGCUUCUGCUCCGGCACUUCUCACGAGGAGAGAAAAGGUUCGUCUACUCCUACCUUCUCGUGCACCCACGCAAGUGCUACACGCACCUCUUCCCACCGCGCUCCACCGUGAUGCUCGUGCUAACAGUGCUCGCGUUCAAUCUCACGGAGUUUGUCUUCUUCUGUGCCACUGACUGGACCUCGCCUGCCAUUGACGGCUUCACCAGUGAGUUGCAUGUGGACUGCGGGCGGGACCAAGGCAAGUUCUGUUCCAAGUCCCUGCGAAUGAGUGAGAACUUGUGGGAUGGGGAGGGGUGUGGGGGAUGGGGAGGGGUGUGGGGGAUGGGGAGGGGUGUAGGGGACGAGGCAGACGUCAAGGGAGCAGAGGGAGGUUCAAGGGAGCAGAGAGAGGUGUAUGACGACGAGGACAUUGGGGUGUUCUGGCAAGAUCUGCAGGGGGGGGUGUUGGACCACGGGGUGUUCACCCAGGGCAGAGGGCUGCUCCUGCGCGAUUCAGCGAUGCUCUUCAUGGCUCUGCUGGUGAUCUGCCUCAUAGAGAGCGCCAACAUCACCAACGACAUCUCCAACUUCAACAUCUUUAACAUCGCCUUUGAGCUCAUCAGUGGAUACGGCAAUGUGGGUCUCUCCCUGGGCUACACCUGUCCACCUGAAGCUGGCCCCAGCUGUGUCUCCCCUCCUUACAGCUUCUCUGGCGUGUGGGGCCCUUGGUCGAAGCUGGUGCUCGUGCUCAUGAUGCGGCUCGGAGUUUUUCUCUUAGAUGACUCGGAACAAAGUCAUGUUUCUCUCUCCUUUCCACGUACCCCUUUUGCUCCCCACAGGCGUGUGGAGCCCUUGGUCCAAGCUGGUGCUCGUGCUCGUGAUGCUGCUGGGUGUGUGUGGAGCCCUUGGUCCAAGCUGGUUCUCGUGCUGGUAAUGCUGCUGGGCCGCCACAGAGGCCUGCCUGACAACAUCGACGCUGCCAUCUCCCUCCCCAACCGCAACCAGUUCAUUCCUGAACCACCUGCACUGCCUGCCCCACCUUCUGCAUCUGCUGUAUCUGCCGUCCCUGUUGUCGCACCUUGCAUGCGUUCCACGUGUGCACCAAGGUGA